CUCAAAGUUUUCAUUCUUCACAUGAUGUCUAGCCCCCAAAAGGAUAACUUCCCUGUCGCUGGUCUUGCCCACGAUGGCUGGUCAACUGAAGACGAGGCCACGGCAACAUGUUUCUGUGGGGCGGUACAAUUGGUGCUUCCAAUCCAAGGACCCGGUCUGCUGAACCGCCACGUCUGCCACUGCUCCGACUGCCGUAAAAUCAGCGCUGCUUUCUACAUGUCCAACAUUACAGUGGUCGAUACCCAUCUCAAGCACGUACGUGGAAAAAACAAGCUUACGACUUUCGGUCAAUCGGAGACGGUACGCGCAAAGGCCCAGAUGACUAAUUAUUUCUGCGCCGCGUGCGGCACUCUCAUGUACCGUAAGGGUGCAAGAUUCCCCGGAUUAUCUAUUCUUCGGACGGGUACGGUUGAUGACUUCUCGCUAGCUGAGACCAAGCUACGACCGCAAGUGGAGCAAUUCAUUGAGAAUAGGGUUAGCUGGCAGGUGCCCAUUCAAGGGGUGCCGCAGGUAGUGGGUUUACAUCAGCAGUCAGACCUUGAAGGAGUGGCGAGGGAGGGGGUAACUCUUCCGUAG